AUGCCACCAACUCUUCUAACUUCGCCCUCCCUCACUCUGACCCCGGAGCCCCUAACCCGCGACGCCUUCGCCCCCUUCGGCACCGCAAUCAUCCCGCCCCUCCCGCGCACCGCAACCAGCGCCCCAAACCCUCUCUCCUCACACCCAAAGCACCCCCUCGUGCCGUCCCCAGUGGCCGCAAACCAGCUUUCCGCGCUGAAAUACAGCCCUAUAUCGCCACUACUCAAUAACUACGCGCAAUGUCCCAGCAAGCAGCCCUCCGAGGCGCGGAUGACCAUGUUCAGCUGUUUCCCGCGGACACUGCGAACCGUUGCCGGGACCGGCAGUGGGAAGGAGACAGACAGAGUGGUUUUUGAUGUUGGGAUUCUCGAGCGACACUCUUACACCACGCAGACGUUCUCCCCGCUUGGUCUUGGCUCCGACGAUAAAGGCACAUACUACCUUGUCGUUGUGGCGCCUACACUGCGCGGGGAAACUGCUGCGGCGACGACUGAGGCGGGAGAGAGUGUGGUCGUCCGCGAUCCGCCCGAUCUGAGUAGACUCAGGGCGUUUGUGGUGAGUGGGGAUCAGGCUGUUACGUAUGGGGCUGGGACGUGGCACGCGCCGAUGGUGGUUGUUGGCGAGCGCAGAGUGGAUUUUGUGGUUACGCAGUUUGUUAAUGGAGUUGCGGAGGAGGAUUGUCAGGAAGUUUGUAUUAGGGAAGGGGUUGCUGUUGAUUUGAGUGGGAAGGAAGGGGGAAGGGCGAAGUCGAAGUUGUAG